AUGACGCCUCAAAGCGUCAAAAAAAGGUCAACAAACGUCGACUUAAAGUCGACGGAUGUGGGCAGAGGCACGAAACCCCUGGGUCACCUCUCGCGCCCCUCUCACGCCCCUCUCGCCUGCUCCAUCCUCAGCUCCCCACCACCUUCUGCCUCUAACCGCCUGCGCCCUCGCUCUGCACACCUCCCCUUGAAGAGGGACGAAUAUGGGGAGCUUCGGGUGACGAAUGACGAGGGACGAGGGACAGCGGACGACAAUGGGGGCAUGAUGAGGACAGCGGGGCACAACGAGGACAGCGAGGCGCAUGACGAGGACGGCGGGGCACACGACAAUGAGGAUGACAGCACAAUGAGGACGGCAGGGGGGCACGACCGGGGGCACCCUUCAUCCUCACCCUUGCCCCUCAUCCGCUCCCCCGUCCUCUGCCUUGCCCCUCGUCCCCUCACCACCCUCACCACCCUCUGCCCUUGCCCUCGCCCUCUGCCCCCGCCCUCGCCCUCUGCCCCCUCCAUCGGCCUUUCACCCUCUACCUCGCCUCUCACCCUCUCCACCACCUCUCGCCCUCUCCCCCACCUUCUCGCCCCUCAUCCACCCCUUGUUCACCCCUCCCUUGCCCCUCGUUCACCCCUUGUCCACCCUCUGCCUCCCCCUCGCCCUCAUCCUCUGCCCUGCCCUCUCGCCGAUCUUGCUGUCUCACCCGCCUCGUCUCUCACCCCUCUCCGUUCACCCCUCCUCGCACUUCACCCCUCGCCCUUCGCCCCUCACCCUGGCCAGCACCCACCCACCAGGCGAGAGCAAGAGGGUGGAACACAGGGAACGGAAGGGAGGAAAGUGCUGGAGGUGAUGCAAGAGCAAAACCUCGUGACUUGCCUUCCUCAGAAGUACUAUGAUGCCCUUCAAUCGCCGUCCCCCAUAGUUGAACAGAGGGUCAAGGACGUGGUUCACAUCAAGGUCGACAAUGACGAGACCACCCCACAUUACGUGAAAGAAGAGGAGGAAGAUUUAUUCCUGCUCAUGGAGGAGGAUGUGAAGAUGCUUGCAAAGGCGCACUCAAAGCCAGAAGUGUUCACUCUCUAUGAGUGGAUGGGGGAGGAGUGGGCAGAUGAGGGAAUCCAUGUCGUUAAAGCCGAGCAGUCUUCACUUUAG